CCAAAUAAAUUCACUAAACCUAAUUGACAUGCAACAUCUCAAGCUUCAAAAUCCAAAAUUUGACACACUACUGAAUCAGUGACAGUUAUGGCAUUGCUGCAAAACGCCGCGGUGCCCUUCAACCGAGCUGAUUCGUUCAUCAGCUUAGAAAAACACGAGGGUUUGGAUGCGCGUGCGCGCGUGGGUUUUGGUGGUGGAUGGAAGUUGAGGCCGAGGAGGAGAAAUCUGCAGUUGGUGCUAAACUCUAGCACCAACGCGAAUGUGGAGACGAUAAAUGGGAAGAAAGUGAAUGGAGUGUGUGUAGAGAGGGACACGAAUUUGAUGAACCAUGAAUUUCUGUUGGGGAGAUUUGCGGAGGAACGAUUUGUGUUCAGACAGGCAUAUGUGAUUAGGUCUUAUGAGAUUGGGCCUGAUCAAACUGCCACCAUGGAAACCCUCAUGAAUCUUCUCCAGGAAACAGCACUGAAUCAUGUGGCAAAGUCUGGAGUGGCUGGAGGCGGGUUUGGAGCGACCCGGGAAAUGAGCCUUAGGAAACUUAUUUGGGUCGUCACCCGCAUCCACGCUCAAAUCGACAAAUAUAGCUCAUGGGGUGAUGUGGUGGAGAUAGACACGUGGGUAGAUGCGGCGGGCAAAAACGGAAUGCGGCGUGACUGGAUUAUCAGAGACUACAAAUCCCAGAAAAUCAUUACAAGAGCAACAAGCACAUGGGCCAUAAUGAACAGAGAAACAAGAAGACUGAGUAAAAUCCCAGAUGAAGUGAGGCAAGAGCUGCAGCCCUUUUACCUUGAUAGGGCAGCUAUUGCAACAGAAAACAUGGACACCCAAAACAUCCAAAAGCUUAGUGAUCAAAUUGCUAAUCGAAUUCGCACCGGCCUGGCUCCUCGAUGGAGCGACAUGGAUGCCAAUCAGCACGUCAACAACGUUAAGUACAUUGGAUGGAUUUUGGAGAGUAUGCCUGUAAAUGUGCUAGAAGAUUAUAAGAUGAAGAACAUAACUCUAGAGUACAGACGUGAAUGUCGUCAGAGCAAUGUGCUCGAGUCAUUAACAAGCAUGAAACCUAUCACUCAACAACAACAAGAAGAAGAUGCACAACACUUGGAGUGCACAUCUCUGCUUCGGAUGGAAGGAAGUCAUGCUGAUAUUGUGAGAGCUAGAUCACUCUGGCACUCCAAGAAACAAAUCUCUCCCUCACUUUGAUUUAAUCAACUACAAACGUAUUACUCCUACUAUUGUGUGUGUAAACUCAGGUUUUUGGAGGAUUUUGUGUGGAGUAAUCUCUCUCUCUAUUAAACUCAAUCAGUGAGGGCGCAACAGAAUCAACAUGCCAUAAUUAUUCACUAAA